CUUACACAAUCUAAAUACCAUACACCUUCCCACACACGAUCAGCCCCCUUCCAAAUCACCGUCGCCAUUACUAAAUUCGCUCCAAUAAAACAGCUUCUCUUUGCCUAUUGUCUCUCUGUGUUUAAUCAAAGAACAUCCCUCCAAGACACCCGCCAUCUCACGCGCCAACAAUGGCCACCCCACCGACAAUCCCGAUCUCCAACAACCAAUCGACCGUCGGCGCCCAGUCACAGCCUCCAAUCGCCACCCCCGCCUUCCGCGCGUUCCUCUCACGCUUCUCCUCCUCGAUCCGCUACGGCUUCUCGCAGCGCCGGCCCUGGUACGAGCUCCUGGACCGGAGCUCCUUGUCCCGACCCGACUCCCUCUCCGACGCGUACUCUCGGAUCCGAAAGAAUUUCACCUACUUCCGCGUCAACUACGUGUCCCUGCUCGCCCUCGUACUCGCCCUCUCUCUCCUCACCCACCCCUUCUCUCUCCUCGUCCUACUCUCCCUCCUCGGUGCGUGGGCCUUCCUCUACCUAUUUAGACCCUCCGAUCAGCCGCUGGUCAUCCUCGGCCGCACUUUCUCUGACGCCGAAACACUUGUCGGCCUCGUCGUGUUGACUGUGGUCGUGGUCUUCGUCUCCAGCGUCGGCUCGCUCCUCAUCUCGGCUUUGUUGAUCGGCUUCGCCAUUGUUUGUGCGCACGGUGCGUUUAGGGUUCCAGAGGACCUAUUCCUCGACGACCAGGAGCCGGCCAACGCUGGCUUCCUCUCAUUCCUCGGCGGCGCCACCUCAACCGCCGCUGCCUCCGUCGCAGCACGUGUGUAGUUGGAUUUCGGAGUUCAUGGCUAAAAGGUUGGUGAGGCCAAAUCCAUUUUGUACUGAUCUGUUCAACUGAUAUUCUUGGUAGGAACAAAAUUUGUUUGCGAAAUUUUGGAGCGGAAAUGAAAUGAUAGGGUUUCAUGUAGAUUGAAUCUGAAAUUGUUCUUCGUUCACUUUUUCUGAAACUUCCAAGAUGUAAUGUUACAUGUUGCUUUAGUACAAUUCUGAUUCUGAUGAAUUUA